UGCAAAGAAACACAUCACAGUUAUAUUGGAUUAAAAACAAGGCAUGUAGCUCUUCGAAGAAAAACAAGAUAAGAUUUCGUGUUCAUCUGUAAAUAUCAUUUUGUCUCCAAUAAAAUACUACGAAAUAGCACAGUUGUUUAAAACGUAAUUUUACUUUCAGCAACAAGUUUGUAUUUUUUAAAAUACACCAAGGCUAUUUAAUAGUUUCAGCAUAAGUAUUUUCGUUUUCUUAUAAUAGCAUAUAAAAGAUAAAAUAGAGUAAAAAGAACUGUUUAGAUGUUCAUUUUUGCAUGUUGUUGCAGUGUUUUUGCCUAAGUGAAUUACCAAGUGGGAACAUAUCAUUGAGUGAAUGUGAUAUUUCUCCUAAUGGAGAUUGGAUUGCUGGUGGAAAUGAUUGUAUGUCAUUGUACCAAAAGAUCAGAGCCGAUAUACAUGUUACAACAAGCGGGAAUAGCGGAAAAUGUCUUGUGUUUGAAGUAACGAAUAAUGUACCUUAUUGGAGACCGUGUAAAGAAUAUGACCUCAAACUAUGCAAAAACGGUUCUGCUAUCGUUUCUGUCCUGUAUAAUUCACAAACAUACUUUUCGUGGGAGCAUUAUGUGAAAGCUUGUUUCGAAAGAAACUUGUCUCCAAUCAGCUAUAAUGACACCUUGAAUUCAACAAGUAUAAGCCAGGCUACAGGUCCAACAUCGACAAAUGUUAUUCGCAGUGGUGUGAUAUAUAGAUUUGAUGGUGAGUUGAAAAUCAUUUCUCACGGUGAGCUGUUAUGGCCGUCCAAAAAUUGUUCAAACAAUCUUGGUUCGUUGCACAUCAGGUUCUAAAGAGCCUUUGGUUG